AUGCUGGUUCGAAUCUCCCCUUUCGACGGCAGUAAAAGGCGGCACGCAUCAUUUGCAGCAGUAGCCGUGAUUCCAAUUCUUGGGGAAGGGUUCACACACGUUCAGAUCAAUGAAUCCGACCUACGAAUCGAACGGUUUCGGGCUGGGGGAGCUGGUAGGCAGCACGUUAACUCGACUGAGAGUGCUGUGAGGAUAGUUCAUAUUCCAACUGGGGUAACUGCCACAUGCCAGAACGAAAGAACUCCUGUGCUCGAGAAGGCUUCGAAAUCGGUGUGGGAACUGAUUCUGGACAACAAUGAAUUGGGGAAAGAAAUAAGUGACACGGUUGAAAGAGUGUUCUGCAAAUUAAGCGGCCAAGAGCCUCCGUUAUUUCCACCUCCGAGUAAUCAUGAACCACAAGUUUCUAGGGACAAAGAGAACAAGGAAGAGACAAAGAAAGAAGAGGAGUAA